CCCAUCUCUCUCCCUCUCUCUUUCUCUCUUACACCCCUUGACUUACCGGGCAUCCCAUGAUUAGCAGGUAGGUCGCGUCACCUGCUAGUCCAGCUGAGCACUAUCUGUGCUUUACGAUUGCCCUUCGUGACCGACCUCUGGAGUUCUUAGUAAUCGCGACCAUUUAACUAACAUUAAUGCUUCACGCAUCUCCGGGUAAGUCCGAAGCACGAAAAGCGCUCGUCAAUUAAUCUUGAUGAAUGGAGCUUCUACGGGUUUCCUACUACGCCGGCGCCUCGACCUUUCAGCCUUUUGUACAUAGUUUCUUGGGUUAAUCUUCUCUCCAUGGAUACCUUCCCUAUGACCAGAAGUUUGGGACUCCCUGGCGUCGCAAGACGGACACUUGGCAUCGUUUUGCUUUUGAUUGUAGUUGUCCUGUGGACGGCUUCAAAUUUCCUGGCCAGUACGAUAUUCGCCGAUGACACGUACUCCAAGCCUUUCUUUGUGACUUAUAUUAACACCUCGUUCUUUAUACUACCUCUCUUUACUAUAAUCUUCGGCAGGAUUUGGAGAUUAUGGCGCUCGGGAAAGCUAUCUCAAAUACACUCGUUUCAAAGCUUCCUGCGACACAUCGAUUCACAUGAUCCGGACGCUGGGAUAUCUGGGCAGGACAAUGCAUACCAGUCAGGAGACCCUGAAACGUGGAAUACGACCACGUUAGAUGCGGGAGGGAAGGAAGAGGAGCCUCUCAAGCUGGGCUUGAGGGCUACCGCAAAGCUAAGCCUUCAGUUUUGCAUGUUAUGGUUCCUUGCCAAUUACUUCGCUAUGGCUUGUCUGCAAUAUACGACCGUGGGCAGUACCACUAUUCUGACUUCUACUAGCGGUGUUUGGACACUGAUCUUCGGCGCACUCAUUGGGGUUGAAAAGUUCACCGUCCGCAAACUUGCCGGUGUCGUCGCCUCGUUAGUGGGAAUCAUUCUGAUAUCUCGCGUGGAUUUAUCUGCGUCAGAUGCCCCUCCUGCAGAAGACGGCAGCGGCAGCAGGUUUCCGAACAAAAGCUCUGCCGAGAUCGCGCUUGGCGAUGCUAUGGCAGGAUUUAGUGCAGUCAUGUACGGAGUGUACACGAUCGUUCUAAAAAAGCAGGUCGGAGAUGAGUCCCGGGUUAACAUGACGUUAUUCUUUGGUCUUGUCGGACUCAUCAAUAUGUUUCUCCUUUGGCCCGGUUUCAUUAUUAUGCAUUUCACCGGUCUCGAGCAAUUUGCAUUGCCCGAUACAGGCAAGAUUUGGGCUAUCAUCUUGGUUAACUCCCUCUCCUCGCUUUUGUCGGACAUCUGUUGGGCCUACGCCAUGCUCUUGACGACUCCUCUCGUCGUCACCGUCGGUCUCUCACUAACCAUCCCGCUCUCUCUGGUAGGCCAGAUCUUCCUUCAGGGCGUAACUUCGAGUGCGUUGUAUUGGGCUGGUGCUGCGAUCGUCUUCCUGUCGUUCUUGGUUGUGAACCAUGAAAGUCAGGAAAAAAGUAGCGAAGACACAUUAGCGGGAGGCUAUGACGCUAUUCCCGGAGAAGAGACAGAGAGGUGAUAGAUGUGAUCACCGAGUGUGUAAUUAGAUUAGAAUUAGCCUAUAUCAAUAGGAGUCUAACCCACUUAUUUAUACAAUGUACGACUA